AUGGGUGAGGUGUCUGCAGACAGUAUCACCAUGGACCUUCUACGAGAAGCCAGGGAGACAGUGAGGAGAAGCCCAUUGGGUGUCAUCAACACCCCCAUGAUUCCCUGGAGCCAGACCACCCUGCCUGCCCACAAGGCCAACAGUAUCUAUAUUAAACUGGAGAACAUGCAGACAACAGGGUCCUUUAAAAUUCGAGGUGUGGCCAAUCAGUUUGCUAGGAGGCCAAAAGGCGGCCGUUUUGUCACCAUGUCCUCGGGGAACUACGGGAAGUGCUUCGCGUACGCGUCAAAACUCUACGGGUCUGAAGCCAAAGUGGUGAUGCCGGAAAAUGCCCCGAUUUCCAGAGCCGUCCUCUUAAAGAGUUUUGGUGUGGACGUGGAGAUAGCUCCCACUCCCCGUCUGAUGAGCAUAGUGAACCGUUGUGUUCAGGAAGACGGCAUGACCUUCUUGCACUCCUUUGACGACCUGGAUGUCAUUGCAGGAAAUGCCAGCGUGGGUCUGGAGGUCCUGGAGGUGGUGCCCAAGCCUGACGUGGUGGUGGUGUGCUGCGGAGGAGGGGGGCUCCUGGGCGGAGUGUCUGCUGCAGUCAAGCUGUCGGGAUGUGAAAAGGCCAGAAUCUACGGUGUGGAACCAGAAGGAGCCUGUACCAUGUACAAGAGCUUCUUAGAGAAGAAGCCAGUGAUCAUGGACACGGACAGUAUUGCACCAGGGCUUGCGCCACCAUAUGCAGGCACGCUGCCGUUCAAGUUGUGCCAGCGCUACGUCGACGAAAUCAUCCUGGUGAGCGACAACGACAUCAAGGGGGCCGUGUCGACCCUGUACCGAGCGGGCCUGGUGGUGGAGCCGUCGGGUACGGCCGCCUUCGCCGCCAUCGCUUCCGCCAAGAUACCCCGACUGGAGGGGAUGAACGUCGUUUGCGUCCUCACCGGGGGGAACAUCGGCAAGGACGAGCUUGCAAACUACCCAGAUUGACAGCUACGAAAUGAAUAGAUUUUUUUUUCAGGGCCUGAUAAAUUAUUAUUAAGGAGGCCGAUUCCCGAUAUUUGGAGCCAAUAUU